AUGACGACGGGGGUUUUACGGCGGGUGAUCCCUCCUCUGCUUCCUGUCGCCCGCUUUCUCCCGUUCGUUCGCUCGUUCGAGAUCCCUAAUGGUAGCAAUUGGGUCUCGGUCUCUCCUCUCUUCUCCUCCAAUAUAUGGCCAACAUGGAAAGCAUAUAACAUCUUGCUUGUUGACUGCAUUAUCUUGAAUGGUGGAGAAAACACGUACUAUGUUAAAAUGUGUGAACCUGACCUAUGCUCGUAUGCAAUAAUGCUAUCUGCUUAUGAAAUUGCAGCUGAUAUGGCUGGAGCUCAAGAGGAUGCUUUUCAAAGGUGCUGAAGCCAACCAGACCAUCUUUUCUAUCAUCAUGGGUGCCCAUGUCAUGAACCCUGAUUUUAAGUGCUGUUAUCCAGUUUGCUUACAUCAGUGCCCAAUUGGGUUCCCACAUGAUCAGAAAGCAAGGAACAUCCUUCCAUCUUUGGCUAAAGAACCAGAGGAACAUGAUAAAGCAACUAAUGGGGAUGCGGAAGAUGAAAAGAGGAAGAUACUGAUUUCAUUUUCAUUGAGGUGUAAAGAGAGUUAGCACUUUGCAAUCAAUCAGAGUAUGAACUAAAAGGUACAACUUUGCAAUAAUAUCAUGAACUGUGCUGACUACUACCAUGAAGUCCUCUACAUCUGUGAUCAAAACUUUCUAGUAGUGUUCUGGUUCCAACAAUUGUAAUUGAAAAGCGGUUAUGAUAUAUUGAUAUUUUUUGCUUCUUUAACAAGUAUAUACUUCAAGUAUCCCAGGAAAACCUCUUGAUGUAUUGAGCUCCACAUUACUGAAA